GUUAUCAUUUUUCGGAUUGUGAUAACAAAGCGGCUAAUUUUAGAUUUUUUAUUUAGAUCGCCGUACACCGCCGUACUGUUUUUGCUCCUUUUAAAAUGAAAUUUUUAUAAAAUUCUUUUUAAUUUUUGAUCAUGAGUUAUCGGUUAUGAUGUCGUAUUUAGUCGAGUUGAAUCUUCCAUCGAAUUGCCCAAUAUGAGGAAAUAUCAACAGUUGUUAUUGCUUAUAAUUUCAAUCGUAUGUAUCGUCACACUACUUUUCUACAGACACGAAUAUCUGAAACUGAGAUCGGUAUUAAGCGUAUUAGAUUUUUUCGGUUCUGCUGCUAUUAGCAAUUCUAGUUGUUUAAUAUUCAGUAAUAAUCUAACGAAAGAUAUCACUUCGAAGUACCAGUUUUCAGAGCCAAGAAGUGUUUGGAAAACACUAAACAAUCAUUUUGUGUUCUCGUCCGUAUGGGAAGAUCACGAUGAUGGUGGUUUUAUUCGUACCUUGGUAAUCGGACCAAAAUCAGCGUUUUAUGAUUACGAAUGUCGAGUAUGGUUCGAAGUAGGAGAUAUCAUUGUAUCAGAACAAGGCCUCGUGAAAUACGAAUUGGACGCACGUUCGUUGAAUAACACAAGAGCUAAUAAGUACUUUUUGAAAUGCUUUGUACAGGAUAAACCGAGUUAUGGGGUACCAUAUGGAGUUCUCUGGUAUACAUCGCACUCGAAUAAUUCCGUGUUUUCUCCCAUGUUUCGUAAACCUAAAUCUCAACUGUUGGAGACGGCGGUUUGUGUUCUACCGGAUUAUUCCGGAUUAGCGAAAACAAACAUUAUGGAAUUUAUAGCAUUUUACAAUACCAUCGGCGUUUCUGAUUUCAUCAUUUACGACUCGGGAAUCCAGCACAGUGUUUUUCCUUUCUUGGAAUCUGCAUCCGGUCGCAAUGGGAUAGUUUCCAGUGUUUCUGUUAUACAGUGGAAUUUUCCUAUGAUCAAUCCGGCAAUAGAACGUUUGGCUAUCGAAGACGAUUGUUUAUCGCGUACUUUAGGCAAAGUAAAAUUUGUCGCCAUCGUUUCGUGGGAUGAUUACAUAAUACCGAAAAAACGGAAACUUGAUCAGAUAGUAUCACCAAAUAACAUAGUAGAUCUGCUUCAUUUAUCAAUGAAACGGCGAUUAUGUUGUACGAAUUUACCAGAUGAUAAAAGUACGAGCAGCGCUUGGCCAUUAUUCUUGAGGAAAAGACAAUGUGUCGAAGAUAGCAACGUCGACAAUAUGCUUUAUGUCAAUUUUAAAUCCUACGGGAGUAUGAAUAAGAAUAGAAUAUAUGAAAUUUCCGAAGAUUUAGCUGUUAUUAAUCGAUACGUUCUUUGUGAUGAAACGUUACAACGACGAGCUAAACCUACACCAGUGUCAGAUUAUUACUCUCGUGUUAAUACUCAUAAAUUAUUGACUUUGUGGAAAUCUCAUUUGAAUACCACAAGUAUUUUUAAUUAGUAAAAAAUUAUCAGAGAGACUGUGCUCAGAGCUUACCAUUUUCUAAUCUUUUUUUUGUACAAAUUGUUCUUGUGUUAGUGUACUUUUCAUACCCGAAUUUGUAAAAAUACAUCUUAUUAGAAGGAAA